AUGUCGGCAAACGUAGUCACCAUCACACACGAAGAAGCAUUUUCAAAUACUGAUGAUGCACCUCCCAGAAGAUCAUCGUCAAGACACUCUAGUAGCUCCAGUCAUACUCCCAACAGUCAAGUUCCGCGAGGCAUACCAGAACUACCGGCAGCAGGAACCACAAAAGCAAGCCAAAAUCAACCACUGAAUAUACCCCCGUCAUCAUCAAGUUCAACCGUAUCCUCGCAAAUGCACUCUGGUAUGCAGAAAAGAGUCCAGAGAGAAGUCAGGUUCGGUGCAUAUAUACUAGGCUCAACCCUUGGAGAGGGUGAGUUUGGUAAAGUCAAAUUAGGCUGGAGGAAAGAUGGCAAAUAUCCGAGUCAAGUGGCCAUCAAAUUGGUGAAGAGGUCCACCAUUAUUAAAGACUCUGACUCAGAGGUUAAGAUUCAUCGAGAGAUUAACUCAUUAAAGUUGUUAAACCACCCGAAUAUUGUCAACUUGGUGGAAGUGAUGAAGAGCGGGAAGUAUGUUGGUAUCGUAUUGGAAUAUGCAUCCGGCGGUGAAUUAUUCGAUUACAUUUUACAACAUAAGUACUUGAAGGAACCAGUGGCGAAAAAGAUCUUUGCCCAAUUGGUCAGCGGUGUUGAUUACAUGCAUUCUAAAGGAUUGAUUCAUCGUGAUUUGAAGUUGGAAAAUUUGUUGCUUGACAAACACAAGAAUGUCAUCAUUAGUGAUUUUGGAUUUGUAAAUUCAUGUGGUGACAAAAGUAAUGAUCUUAUGAAGACAAGUUGCGGGUCUCCUUGUUAUGCUGCCCCUGAAUUGGUGUUGACACAAACUCCAUAUGAGGGUAGAAAAGCCGACGUUUGGUCGUUGGGAGUGAUAUUGUAUGCCAUGUUGUCAGGGUACUUGCCAUUUGACGACGAUCCAGAAAAUGAAGAUGGGUCUGACAUUAUCAAAUUGUAUCAUUAUAUCUGCAAAACUCCAUUGACGUUUCCCGAGUAUGUUAGUCCAUUGGCACGUGAUUUACUUAGAAAAAUUAUCGUUUCCGAUCCAAGGAAAAGAAUAGGUAUUGAUGCAAUUAGGAACCAUCCAUUUUUGAGUUCAUAUUCGGCAUUGCUAUCCAUUAGACAACCAGAAUGGGAUAGAAUUUAUCGAGAAAAACAUGCAGCUACAUCUGCAAGUGUGGCUGCUGCUGCCUUGGCUGAACAACAAACACCCGUAUACAAUAAGAGGUUCUCAAUGAUCAACACGCCAACCAGCUCAUCCUCAUUAAUGGGACCUUCAAUAUAUCAUCACCAGCAAAUGUCGCAUUUGCAACCACAAAGUGCCAGACCCCAACCAGCAUCGGAUCACUCGAGAUCAUACUCGUCAACCAGUAUCAGUCUUCUAUAUGCGUCUCCUUCCAUGUCCACUUCCAACUCACCUAAACCUGUCGACUUACCGGAUAAUGCAUCGAAAACCUCAUCGCCAAAGAAACCAUCUUCUGUAUCACCAACAAGGGGACAUCAAAAGUCUGCAUCAAUUUCUAAUUCGACAUCAUCGGCUAGCUUUGCAUUGAAGUCGAUGGUUAAUGAUGAAAUCGCAACAAGAUCGACAACUACAUCUGCCAAUUAUCCAAACUCCUCAAUAAUAUCAACAAUUGUUGAAAGUCCAACCAAGCCGGCUGUUCCAGGUUCUUCUAACGCCUUGCCACCUAUUGCUAAGUUGUUGCCACCAAAGGAAUUCUCCAAGUUACCACCGGCAGCAAAGAAACCAAGACCUACAUCGUAUCAUCCAUCGUCAAUGACUUCCUCAUUGAUUUCACCUUCUCCAGUCACUAUUUCGUACAAGGACAUUAUCAAAUUUCCAGCUACAAAUUCCAAUAUUUCAUAUCCAAAUUCAAUGACUCAAUACAUUUCAACUUCGCCACCAAAGGAGACAUUUAGUGCUGAUUCCCGUCCACUGUCUAGUAGAAGAAACUCGGUUGUCACUCAUGUGCACGUUAAUGGCGUGUUAAGUAAGGACAACUUACCCGGACAUAGCGGUUACAGCGGUUACAAUUCGUCACCAGAUAACAAGAGAAACUCGGUAUUGAGUUACUUAGAGGAUAAGAUUGAAGCAUUGGAUUUAACGGAAAGCAUUCAUCACUCACCUACAAAGUCGAGUAAGAGUUCUGUUGCUGAGAAAGACGAAGUUGGUGACUCGCUCAAUAGGCAAGAUUCAUCUGAAGUAGCAAAGGAGGACCAGAAGUCUUUGAACAAGGAAGCAGAAACUGAUCUGGCGAAAGACGAAGUGGAGACAGUGCUCAACAAGUCGGAUAAUGAUGAAAUCCCACAAGUCGAGGCAAUUCCGGAGUCAAAAGAUAAAGUGAAGAACGAAUUUAUGGCCGAAGGCAAACAAGAGCCAACUGACGAGAAUUUACCCGAACCAAUGGAGGAGUAUAUCGAGAAGCCAUGUCCCACCAAUAUCGAGAGCAAGCCACAAACAAACGAUGUCCAACCAAAAACGGCAGAACCAAAAACAAGAAAGUCAGUGGAUGCUAAUAGGAGAUCAAGUACAUCAAGAAGAUACCACACUAAUGACGAGAAUAAAGAGAAUCGUGAACACAAAGAAGCUAAAAAGAGAAACAGAUUCAGCUUGUUGUCCUUUUACAGCUCAUAUCACUCUUCGAGCUCAAACGUGUCAUUACCAACAACAAAGGAUGGGUCUAAUUUUUCAACUCAUGCGACAAAUUCCACAGCACCAACGCCAUUGUCAAAAGAGACCAACAAAAGUGAUACAGUGACAACUACUAUUUCUUCAACUUCACAAGCAACGGCAAAGCCAAAAUCCAAAACAAGAAAGGUUUUGGAACCUGCAAAUGAUGCCCAUAUGAAUAAAAAGGACUCCAAACGUGUUCAUUCCAGUUCUAGUUCCAGUGGGCAUGGACAUAACAGUUCGAAACGUCAUUCGAUUGCUGCUCCUGGUGCUGGCGGCAACAACAACAACAACAACACGCACAAGGAAACAAGUGCAGCUAGAAAAGUAAUGGAUUUUUUCAAGAGAAGAAGUGUUAGAGUAGGGUGA